UCAACGGGGUCGGCUCACAAAACGGUCCACAGCUUAAAAAUGCACAAAAAGGCACCGAGGAGCGCCGCGUAGCUGCCACCGCGCUCCGCGAGGAUCUUCGCUGCCGCAACUCCGUUCGCACGGAGCGUGGACUAACUGUGCGCGCAAAGAAGAUUCAUGGAGAAUUCGCACGGCUUCGUCGCGCAAAACGCCUGGAUUAUCUGAUUUGGGACGAGCACGCGAGCGUUUAAGCGGCGGGACCCUGCUGUGUUGUGACGCGACGCGGUUGUAGUUUUGUCGUCGGGACGGUGCAGUUGUCGAAGCUGCGGUCAUGGCGGACCAAGAGGAGACCUUUGGCCUCCAAAACUCUCCUGGUGGCUCGGAUUCGAGGGAAACGCAGAGCGAUAAUAAAUCAGAGAAACAGAACGGGACCUCAAACAAAUCCCCAUCAUCGCAGACAACUUACAUCCAGCAGGGAAUGGAGGGAAUAAAAGUCUACCUGCACGAGAGGGAACUGUGGAUGAAGUUUCACGAGGUGGGAACAGAGAUGAUCAUCACCAAAGCCGGAAGGCGAAUGUUCCCCAGCUUCAAAGUCAAAGUCACAGGAUUAAACCCCAAGACGAAAUACAUUCUCCUGAUGGAUGUUGUGCCUGCGGAUGAUCAUCGAUACAAAUUCGCCGACAAUAAAUGGUCUGUGACCGGGAAGGCAGAGCCCGCUAUGCCCGGGAGGCUCUACGUCCACCCGGACUCUCCGGCCACGGGGGCGCACUGGAUGAGGCAGCUGGUGUCGUUUCAGAAGCUGAAGCUAACCAACAACCACCUGGACCCGUUCGGACACAUCAUCCUGAAUUCGAUGCACAAGUACCAGCCGAGGAUCCACAUCGUGAAAGCGGAUGAAAAUAACGGCUUCGGCUCCAAAAACACCGCAUUCUGCACUCACGUCUUCACGGAGACCGCGUUCAUUGCGGUGACGUCCUACCAGAAUCAUAAGAUAACUCAGCUGAAGAUUGAGAACAACCCAUUUGCAAAAGGCUUUCGUGGGAGCGAUGACAUGGAGCUGCACCGGAUGUCCAGAAUGCAAAGCACCAAGGAGUAUCCGGUGGUUCCGCGCAGCACCGUGCGCCAGAGGGUGGGCUCCAGCCAGAGCCCGUUCAGCGGCGAGGUCCAGGCCAUGGGCGCCGCCGGCGCCCUGGGCUCCCAGUACGCCCAGUGUGAGAACGGGGUCACCAGCACCCAGCAGGACCUGCUGCCCCAGUCGGGCUCCUACCCCCUGCCGCACGAGCACGGCCAGGACUACCACUGCAUCAAGAGGAAAGUGGAGGACGACUGCCACUCAGGCGAGCACGGCUACAAGAAGGCCUACCUGGAGAGCUCGCCCGGCGAGGACGACCAUUACUACCGCUCGGCGGGCUAUGCCCAGAGCCUCGGCCUCGGCGCCGGGCCCUACCGCGGCGAGUCGGGCCAGCGGCAGGCGUGCAUGUACGCCGGCGCCGCGCAGGGCGCCGAGGCCGUGCCGAGCCUGGAGGACAUCAGCUGCAACACCUGGGCCGGCGUGCCGCCCUACGCCAGCUGCUCCGUGGCCGCCAUGCAGCCCGUGGAGCGGCUGCCCUACCAGCACUUCUCGGCCCACUUCACCUCGGGCUCCCUGGUGUCCCGGCUGGGCGGCGUGGGCGGCCACGCCUCGCCGCAGCUGCCCGACGCCCACCACGCCGCCAUGUACCAGAGCUCCGUGACCCACCAGGCUCUGGGCCGCCAGUGCAGCCCCGGGGCCGGGAUCCAGUCGCCGACGGGCAGCCUGCAGGGGAACGAGUACCUGUACGCGCACGGCAUCCCGCGCACGCUAUCGCCGCACCAGUACCACACUGUACACAGCAUCAGCAUCAUGCCAGAGUGGAGCGAGAACAGCUAAAGGGGAGAGCGAUUGGGGGGGGGGGGGGGG